CCCGCCAGCCUGCCCUGCGAGGAGCUGGCUGAGCCCGGCCUCGUGCCCGCCGCCGCCGCGCGCUACGCGCUGCGCGAGAUCGAAAUCCCGCUGGGGGAGCUGUUCGCCCGCAAGUCCGUGGCCUCCUCGGCUUGCUCGACGCCUCCGCCCGGGCCGGGGCCCGGGCCCGCCUCCGCCUCCCCCGCGUCCCCCUCGCCCGCGGAUGUGGCUUACGAGGAGGGCCUGGCGCGCCUCAAGAUCCGUGCGCUGGAGAAGCUGGAGGUGGACCGGCGGCUGGAGCGGCUGAGCGAGGAGGUGGAGCAGAAGAUCGCAGGCCAGGUGGGUCGGCUGCAGGCUGAGCUGGAACGCAAGGCAGCGGAGCUGGAGACUGCGCGACAGGAGAGUGCGCGGCUGGGGCGCGAGAAGGAGGAGCUGGAGGAGCGUGCUUCCGAACUCUCGCGCCAGGUGGACGUGAGCGUGGAGCUGCUCGCCUCGCUCAAGCAGGACCUGGUGCACAAGGAACAGGAGCUGAGCCGCAAGCAGCAGGAGGUGGUACAGAUCGACCAGUUCCUGAAGGAGACAGCGGCACGGGAGGCCAGCGCCAAGCUGCGGCUGCAGCAGUUCAUCGAGGAGCUGCUCGAGCGGGCGGACCGGGCCGAGCGGCAGCUGCAGGUCAUCAGCAGCAGCUGUGGCAGCACGCCCAGCGCCAGCCUGGGCCGAGGUGGUGGCGGAGGCGGUGCCGCACCCGGUCCCCGGGGUCCUGGCAGAAUGCGAGAACACCACGCAGGCCCGGCCAUGCCUAGCACAUACGCCAUGUCAAGGCAUGGCUCCUCUCCCAGCACAGGGGCCUCCAGCCGUGUCCCCGCUGCAUCCCAGAGCUCAGGCUGCUAUGACAGUGACAGUCUGGAGCUACCCCGGCCAGAAGAGGGGGCCCCCGAGGACAGUGGCCCUGGGGGCUUGAGCACACGGGCCCAGGCUGCCAACGGCGGCUCGGAGCGCACCCAGCCCCCUCGCAGCUCAGGCCUGCGGCGCCAGGCCAUCCAGAACUGGCAGCGCAGACCCCGCCGACACAGCACGGAGGGGGAGGAGGGUGAUGUCUCGGACGUGGGCUCCCGAACCACGGAGUCAGAGGCUGAGGGCCCCUCAGAUGCCCCCCGCUCUGGGCCUGCUAUGGCCGGGCCACUGAGCAGCUGCCGGCUCUCAGCCCGCCCUGAGGGAGGCAGUGGGCGGGGUCGGCGAGCUGAGAGGGGCAGCCCCUCGCGCUCCAAUGAGGUCAUCAGCCCAGAGAUCCUCAAGAUGCGAGCCGCCCUGUUCUGCAUCUUCACCUAUCUGGACACACGCACACUGCUGCAUGCUGCCGAGGUCUGCCGGGACUGGCGCUUCGUGGCUCGUCACCCCGCGGUCUGGACACGGGUGCUGCUGGAGAAUGCCCGCGUCUGUUCCAAGUUCCUGGCGAUGCUGGCCCAGUGGUGCACCCAGGCCCACUCACUGACGCUGCAGAACCUGAAGCCCCGGCAGCGGGGCAAGAAGGAGAGCAAGGAAGAGUAUGCCCGGAGCACCCGGGGCUGCCUGGAAGCAGGGCUGGAGUCCCUGUUGAAGGCUGCUGGGGGGAACCUGCUGAUCCUGCGCAUCUCCCACUGUCCCAACAUCCUCACUGACCGCUCGCUCUGGCUGGCCAGCUGCUACUGCCGCGCCCUGCAGGCCGUCACCUACAGGAGUGCCACAGACCCUGUGGGCCACGAGGUCAUUUGGGCUCUGGGUGCAGGCUGCAGAGAGAUUGUCUCCCUCCAGGUGGCGCCACUUCACCCUUGCCAGCAGCCCACACGCUUCAGUAACCGCUGCCUGCAGAUGAUCGGUCGCUGUUGGCCCCACCUUCGGGCCCUGGGGGUUGGGGGCGCUGGCUGUGGGGUGCAGGGCCUGGCAUCACUCGCAAGAAACUGCAUGCGGCUGCAGGUCCUGGAGCUGGACCACGUGUCGGAGAUCACCCAGGAGGUGGCAGCUGAGGUCUGCCGGGAAGGCCUGAAGGGACUGGAGAUGUUGGUGCUCACGGCCACACCCGUCACCCCCAAGGCCCUGCUGCAUUUCAACAGCAUUUGCCGGAAUCUCAAGUCCAUCGUGGUCCAGAUUGGGAUUGCUGAUUAUUUCAAAGAGCCCAGCAGUCCUGAGGCCCAGAAGCUGUUUGAGGACAUGGUGACAAAACUCCAGGCCCUACGACGGAGACCCGGCUUCUCUAAGAUCCUGCACAUCAAGGUGGACGGUGGCUGCUAACCCGGGGUGGGGGGCGGCAGGGCCCCUGCCAGCCCCACACCAGGGUACUCUUUUUGGACCUCCAGAGGGACCCUGAUUUGGACUAGACCUUUGGAGGCCUAGUGUUAUCCCUGGCUUCCAGGGAGGGGUUGACAGUUUCCUGUCCUCCUGGGACAGUGGAGCAACGGGCCUGACGUUGGGCACUGGCUCUUCAGGGCAAGGGCUUGGACAGAAGCUGCCCUUCAACCCCCCACUCCACCCCCAACUGGAUCAGCCUUCUGGGCACAGCCAGGAAGGAGCUGAGUCACCACCAGCACCCGGUGUCAUAGCUCCGAGGACCUGCCAUAAUCACUGAGUGGUUCCUUGGCUGCCUGGGCUGCCGGGACAGGCCUCCCCUUGUCAGGGACCUCUGCUGGUCCCCAGGCCAGACAGGGCUCCCCAAAGCAGCUCAGACUCGGCGAGAAGGGCUCUUUUCUUCCCCCUGCCCUGUUCCAGCCCUCUGUGGGGCACCCCCUUCAGACAGUCUGCCGAGGCUCUGGGUCCACAUUCUCCAGGGAUAACACAGACAGGCCUUGGGGGUCUGGGAAUGUGGCCAGCCAAAAGUGGGGGGGGGGGCAGGGUGCAGUGAGGUAGAGGAAUGGGCUUGGAUUGGCAAAACAUUCAUCUAGAACUUUUCCCCAGGAUAUUGAAACCACCACUCCCAAAGUGGGGAAAUUGCCAAGUAGAGAAAACUUAGUUUUUAUUGCUAGAAACAAGAAGAUCCCUCCUCCCAACAACCACACCCCCCAUGACACACCAGAGCUAAAUUCAGAGCUAAAAGGUGCAUGUUUCUCUACCUUCCACCAAUCCUGAGCCUCCGGAGGGGCAAAGAACCAGCUCUUGGAAACAUUAUCAGCUUUGAGAAGCAGUUCCUAUCUUCAAGAAACGCCCUUCUCUUCCAGGUGCUUGACAGGAAUCUAAUGGCCUCUGGGUCCCCAGUGCUGUGGUGAGAGGGAGUCACUGGGCUGCCUUCUCUCUGGAGGAGGCCAGGAGGAUGGUUUGGUUUGCUUCCUUGUCCAGCUAGCUUGCUUGAAAAUGUAGCCUUGGUAGGGAACUAGACCCAUGAGGCCAAGAACAAGGAAGAGUACCCUCAGACUUUCCUCCCUCCCCAGUUUCCACUGGCCCCAGGGGCAGUGCUGGGACCUGAGCCACAGCCACUUAGCUUAGAAGCCACAGAACACAAGUGGGUUUUCACAGACUUGCAUGGUUCCAGCAAGACCAGGUUCUGGCACUAAGGCUCCAAAGACUCAGGUCUCCCCAGUUCCUCCUCUCAGAACCCUCAGUGGUGUAGAGGCUAUGGGUCCUGUCAACAUUCAUUUGGAAAGUUCUUUCAAACAUUAACCUCAAUCCAUCUUAGGGUUUCCUUCUCUCCCAUACAGGACCCAGCUCUGCCCUAACCAUUAGGCUGCUGGUCCUGGCAUGGCUGGGCUCUUCUGGUUUCUCAGCCCUUUGCAGGGACCCAACUUUCUGCCACAGCCUGGCUUAGACAUCAAAACCCAGCCCUGGGUUACCCUGUAAUGAGUCCUCCAGAGCUGGGACUCCACAGACUCAGCAUCCAGCUCCCCUAGCUCCCCACCCAGCUCUGUCCCAGCUCUGGUUGAUGACUUUUCCCCCCUGUGGCUUAUUCUGGCCUUGCCCUUUGAAGACCCCAGCUACCAAGGGUGUCAUGUUGGCAAUUCCCUGUCCGGUCCUACAUGAAGUCUUGGCUGUGUGGCAUCCCCCACUCCAGAGCGGCUGGCUCCAAUGGCUCCCACCUCCCCAGCCUUGUCCCCAGGAGUCACAGGAAGAAGCACAACUUUUCUCUGUCCUCCAGGGGCCUGGGAGGGAUAUGGGUGUGCCCUGGGUGCAUCUGUCCUGCCUUGCCAACUCCACCCCUUUGUAACUCCUGCUUGAGACCCUAGGGCCAGAGGUGCUGCCCCCCUCCCCCCCGCUCCCCCCAAUCUCCUGGACAAAGCACAAAGGGAUGCCCUGCUUGGCCCGAGCCUGCCUUACUGAGGGACUUUUCUGCCCCUGGAAGCUUCCAUCCCUGAAUACAAGGCUUUGGAUAAUAUCUCCCUGGGUGGACAGCCGCUGGAAUGUCGGGAAAAGAGGUCAGGGUGCAUGGGGAGUGAGCUAUAGUUGGGGAGAGAUAGUUCUGAAAGGACUGAUUCUAGGAGUAGGUUCGUUCACCCACUCCACCCACCCAUCCUUGCAGCCCUGAGUACCACCAGCACGGGGGGCAGAAGAGUGAACAGGGCCCCCCUUCUCCUGGCUGGCAGGAAGUUUGGCCAGCAAGUCCCCACCUUGUAUUUGCCAGCUUGUGUGUGUGAAAGGUGUUUAGGAGUACAUAUUGCACAGGCCCCUGCCCACGCAAACAACAGGGCACAGCAUGUCCCCUGCACAGCUGCCCCUGGGGCUGCACGCUGGACUAAAUGUGUGCGGAGAACUGGGAAGUUGCAGGCCCCUUGACCCCAGACUGGAAGCUUUGGCUCUCAGUGGGAUGAGCCCUGCUGCUGUGUGGGGAGCUUGUUUGCAGGGUUGCUUCCUUGGCAACCACACAGCAUGGCGGAGAACGGAAAACAGGGACGGAGGAUCUGGCCAUCCUUGAGGCACCUCACCCCUCACUUUCUCUCACUCAUUCAAAAAAUAAUCCUUCUCCAUCUCACACCUAGUAAGAUGCAAAGGAGGGCAAUCAAAGCAAGACCUGCUUCAGGGGUCCUGGGCAUGUGUAGAGGUCCCAUGGGCCCCAGCACAUGGUGUCCCUACCACCUCUCCUUGUUAUGUAGCCUGCAGCCAGCAUCUGGGGGGCUGGUUUAGCUGGAGUAUUUCAUCAGGCUUGCUUUGGGCUCCCUCCCCAUGGCACCAGCAGGGGACAAAGGAGAUUCCGUAUGUCUGACACCCCCCCCCCCCCUGCCCCGGGGAAAGGAAAUGUGUUGCCCAGAACCAUGGCUUUUCACUGGCUGAGAAACCACCUAAGGAACAAGGCAGUCCAGAAUUUCCUGGUCCUGUGAGAGUGGUUGAGUCAGCCUCUCAAGAAGAGCUUCAAAAACAAAAAAGCCACCUCCUUCCCAACGCCCGCUGCUCCAAGGUUUGGCUCCAUCCUUUCCCUUUGGGUUCUGCUUGUUCCCCUGGUCCUUUGGGCUGUGGGUGGGAAGCUGCCUAGCCCCUAAGUCCUCUAAGGCACUAAGCUAAAGACCCUCCCAGAGUGACUAUUGGUGCCAAAGACCCAAUUCCUGGUGAACUUGGGUUGAAGACCGGGGAGAUGGUGAGCAGGUGCAAGGCCCACAUGCCCAGAGGAGUGAACUCAAACUGAUGGGAUCUGUCUAGCCCACCAGCCCUUGAGGAGUGGAAUUCCCUCCCCCAGGGGCCUGGUACUACUCUUUAACCCUGGUGGUCAUGCUUUCUCACCCAGCCUUGUUCCAGGCUUGCAUUUCUGUAUAUACUGCUGUGUAUUGUGUGUAUGUAUUUAUUCCUGGACAAGUGUAUUCAUCUGCAGCCUUUGCCUGAGGAUAAGGUUUAGGAUUGGUGAAGACCAGAAUACCAGGGCCGACUAACACAACCAGCUCCUAGUUCUUCCCCAAACCCCUGGGACCCUGGCCAGUCCCAAGACUGCCCUGACAAUCAGGCAGGCUUCCCCACCAAGAGCCCAAGCCGGGUCUGCCAUUGCUGGCACGGCUCCAGGAGGCUUGGCCUUGGGCAGGUGCAGAGGCCUGAGGUGACCUAAGCUUGCCUCAUGACUGGCACCAGUAGGCUUGGCUCUAGUGGGCACUGCUAGCGGGGACCUCCACGGGUGGCCCCCAGGCCUGCCUUCCCCGCACAGCCAGGCUGUGAUGCGCCUGAGCCGUGAGAGGGUAGCUCCCCCCACCCCAAGCAAAUCAGGUGGAGGGGUGGAAAGCAUUUUUUGGUUUUGUUUCUGAAGUGGUGCCUGUACCUCCAGCCCCCAGGGGGCCUUCCCUGGCCCCACUUCUCUGCCCCACCCAGGCAUCGCCGUCCCAGCACUUUGCCCCACAGCACCCACAGAUGCUCUGUGCUGAAUGUACCUGAGUGUAUGUAUUCAAAAGGACUCACAUGGGCAUCUGAGAAUUUAUGACUUUGUAUCCAAUAAAAGGUGGUGAAACUGGA